UGCACACACACACUCGUGCACACACACACACACACACACACACACACACACACACUCGUACACUCUCUCUUCUGUUUGGGAAACUUACUCUGCGCUCGUGCUGCGUCUCGGCGCGUGCUGGUGAACUCACCUGGAGGGAGGGACGCACGCGCGUGUACACACCUGGACGCGUUUGGAGUGUUUUUGAGGGCGCGCGGGGGGUUUCUGCACGCGGAGAUGGAUAUUAUCUGAGUUAAUUAGAUACUGACCGCGCGCGCCGGUUCUGCUCGAGGUUCUGGAGGGUUUUUGUGAGGAACACGGGGCUCGCGCUGUUCUGGGACCUGGUGAAAAGCACGGAGUCACUACAGACCAGCUACAGAUGACUGAUGAAUGCUUGGUAAGAAGCAGUUGAAAUGAAGAAAGUACCGACGGGAGUGGGAAGGACAGGAAUGGACCGCUUCCAUCAAUUCAGGAUGUGGGAUAGGAGUCUACUCGUGCUCCUCUAUGUGGUUCUUGAACUCUUUACGGUUCACUCGUUUGUGACGCCGGGUGCUCUGGAGCUUCAGCUAGAUGAAGAGCAACCGGCAGGGACUGUCGUUGGUGACAUCAGUGCUGGACUUCCACCAGGAGUCACGGCGUCUCUUUAUUUCAUCUCAGACCACGAGGGAACUGGAGUUGGAACUGACUUGGACAUUGACGAGAGCACAGGCAUCAUCAAGACAGCUAAGGUCUUGGACCGGGAAGUGCGGGAUCGCUACAAUUUCAUAGCAGUCACCAUGACCGGCGUGACCGUGGAAGUGACCAUUGUGGUCAACGACAUCAACGACCAUGUGCCGACGUUCCCCAAGAAAAGGGCCACUUUCAAGAUCCCUGAGCAAACCACCAUCGGCACCAAGUUUCCACUUGAUCCAGCGAUGGAUGCAGAUAAGGACCAACUGGCAACUCAAGGAUACAUCAUUACGGACGGGAAUGUGGGGCAAGCCUUUCUUCUCGAAACCAGAAGAGGCUCGAAUCAAGUGCUUUAUCUGGACUUGGUGGUCAAUGCCAUUUUGGACCGAGAGAAAAGAUCAUCCUAUACUCUACUCUUGGAAGCAUUUGACGGCGGAUCCCCCAAAAAGACAGGGCAGAUGAUCCUUGACGUCACUGUCCAGGACAUCAACGACAAUGCCCCAGUGUUCAAUCAAAGUCGAUACCAUGCCAUGAUUUCAGAGAACCUGCAACCAGGUAACAACAUCCUGCAGGUGUUUGCUUCAGAUGCUGACGAAGGUGACAACGGCCUUGUUCUUUAUGAAAUCAAUCGGAGACAGAGUGAUCCUGAUCAGUACUUUGUGAUCAACUCUCGCACUGGGGUCAUAACUCUUAACAAGGCUUUGGACUACGAGAUGAGGCGAGUUCACGAGUUGGUGGUUCAAGCUAAGGACAAUGCCACGCAUCCUGAGGUCACCAAUGCCUUUGUGACCAUUCAUGUACGGGACUACAAUGACAACCAGCCCACCAUGACCAUCAUCUUCCUUAGCGAAGAUGGAUCCCCUCGCAUUUCUGAGGGGGCACAACCCGGCCAGUACGUUGCACGGAUAUCAGUUACCGACCCUGAUUAUGGCGAAUACGCCAACGUCAACGUGUCUCUAGAAGGAGGAGACGGAAAGUUCGCUCUGACCACCAAGGACAACAUCAUCUACCUCAUAUGUGUAGAUGAGAUCCUGGAUCGUGAAGAGCGGGAUCGGUAUGAACUAAGAGUCAUGGCUACAGAUUCUGGUACCCCUCCGUUACGAGCCGAGUCAUCUUUUACCAUCCAGGUGCUGGAUGUCAACGACAACCCACCUUUGUUUGACCAGCAGGAGUAUACCCAGGUUAUCCCAGAGGUAGUCUUUCCAGGCAGCUUCGUACUUCAGGUCACGGCAAGGGACAAAGACCAAGGUCCUAAUGGGGACGUCCAGUACAGCAUUCUGCACAAUCUUCAGACUCAUUCCAACUGGUUCAGCAUUGACGCCGUCACAGGCAUCAUCACGACCCUCACCCAGCUGGAUUAUGAGGCGGACCCUUCUCCGAGCGUGACCGUAGUGGCUGUGGACCGGGGUAGACCCCCACUGUCCUCAACUGCUGUGGUCAAAGUGCUCCUACAGGAUAUUAACGACAAUGAACCUGUUUUUGGAAGCAAGUUCUACAACGUGUCCAUUAAGGAGAACACUGCGGCAGGAACCUGCUUCUUGGAGGUAAAGGCCAGGGAUGCAGAUGGCGGCUCCUUUGGUUCCGUGUCGUACUCUUUUGGGUCGGGGCCCGGCAGCGUGAACCCCAAUAACUUUGUCAUCAACAAAGACAGUGGACAGAUCUGCACCAGCGCCAGUCUGGACCGAGACCAGGGCCCAGCCAGCUACGAUUUCACCGUCACUGCAGUGGAUGGGGGAGGGCUGAGCUCAGUGGCAUACGUCCGUGUUGAUCUUCUGGACAUUAACGACAACCGGCCAGCCUUCUACCCUCAGCACUACGCCGUGAGCCUGAGCACCCAGAGCACUCCCGGCACCUCCGUCCUCCGAGUGACGGCCCACGACCCCGACGCUGGAGACAACGGCAGGGUGACGUACCGCACCGUUCCCGGGGGAGGAUCACCCUUCUUUACUCUUAAUAAAGACACUGGAGUGAUCUCUCUGUCCCGUUCUCUGCACGGGAAAGCCAACUCCGUCAUUGGCCUGAUGAUCUCAGCUCAGGAUGGGGGCGGUCUCACCGCUACAGUCAACGCCAGGGUCAACAUCAGCAUCAUGGCAGGGCUGGUGGCGCCCCCUGUGUUUGAACAGGCGCAGUACUUCUUCACCGUGACGGAGGACGCUCUCCGAGGGACACAAGUGGGAACAGUGCGGGCCAGCACUAAAAACGGCGUCUCGAAGGACUCGAUCUCCUACACCAUCUGCUCUGGAGAUCCUACAGGUUACUUCACCGUGGAUCCUGAGACGGGAGUUCUGAGGACCAGCCUGCCGCUGGACCACGAGGCUCAGCCCACCCUGGAGCUGGAGAUCCAGGCUCAGAGCGGGACGCCCCCGGCGUUCGGUCAGACCCGCGUCCGAAUCGCUGUCGCCGACAUCAACGACAACCCUCCCGUCUUCCUCCCGUCGUCCUCUGAAUCUCUGAUCCUCACAGAAGACGUGAGGAUGGGCGCGGUCGUCUACAGGAUCCAGGCUGAGGACCCCGACUCAGGACCCAAUGGCAUGCUGACAUUCGACCUGAUCUCCAGCAGUGCCCAGAGAACCUUCAGCGUGGACCGAGGCAGCGGAGAGAUCCGUCUGAUUGGCAGUUUGUCAUACGAGACCACGCCUCGCUUUGACCUUCAGGUCGUGGCGAAGGACAUGGGGGCUCCUCAGCUCAGCGCGACCUUCACGCUGGUGGUUCACGUCCAGGCCGAGAACAGCCAGGGUCCGGUGUUCGAUACCCUCACCUACCGGGUGGAGCUGAAGGAGGCCAUGCCCCUCAACACCCACUUCCUGCAGGUUCGAGCUCUGAACAGGGAGAGUGGGGCAACCUCCACCCCGCUGGCGUAUCACCUGCAGCCGGACGGGGACGCGGCCGGGUUCGGUAUCGCGCCGGACAGCGGGUGGCUCUUCGUGAAAAGUGCGCUGGACCGCGAGGUGAAGGAGGUCUACCUGCUGACGGUUCUCGCCACGGCCGGAUCCGGGCAGCUGAAGAAGACAGGCAGUGCGACGGUUCGAGUGUCGGUGAUGGACGAAAACGACAACUCGCCAAGGUUCAGCCAGGACAGAGCGUUCCUCGCUGUACGAGAGAACCUCCCCGCCGGGACGGGGUUCGGCCGGGUCUCUGCAACUGACCGAGACGCCGGGCUUAACGGACGCCUCAGCUACCGCCUCCUGCACCCGGACCGCCACUUCCAGAUCAACUCCCACACAGGAGAGAUCAGCACCAGGCUGGCUCUGGACCGGGAGCAUCAGUCCAGUUAUCAGCUGAUGGUGGUUGCUCAGGACGGUGGAACUCCUCCCCGCAGCGCCACAGGAACCGCCUUCAUCACGGUUCUGGAUGAGAACGAUAACGCUCCCUCCUUCACCCAGACCCAGAGCGGCACAGAGAUCUUCAUGCAGGUGAUGGAAGGACAGCCAUCAGGAGUUUUGGUGGGCACCCUGACCGCUAAAGACCCGGAUGAGGGAGAAAAUGGAACUGUUUUUUAUUCAAUGUCUGGUCCCAGAGCAGAGCGUUUCUCUCUGCACCCAAUCACAGGCGAGCUGCACUCCUCCAGUCAGCUGACCCACGCCGAGCGUCCCGAGUACAGCUUCAGCGUCCUGGUCACCGACCGCGGCUCACCCCCCCGGAGCUCCACCACCACACUGAGGAUACAGGUCGUCAGCUCUACUAAAGCAUCAUCCACCACAUCCAACAUGGUGUCCAUCUCCUUCAGCCCAGUGGAGGGAGCUAAGCCUGGCUCUGUCGUUGGCAGCGUAUGCUCACCUGACCUGAUUAAGACCCCCAGUGAAACAGGAUUGGUAACCUACACUGUGGUUGGGGGUACAGAUCGAGACGGGACCUUCGUAGUGGACCGGCACACAGGAGAGGUCUACCUGGCUCGUGAGUUGGACUUCGAGAGGUCUCAACGCUACACUCUCCAAAUCGAAGUGGACGAUUUCUCCUCAGUGCUUCCCAGAAGCCAUUUCGUCACACUGGAGAUUGAGGUCCAGGACAGCAACGACCAUUCUCCAGAGUUUCCUGAAGACCCCGUAACCAUCGUGGUUCCAGAGAACAUGGAGCCCGGUUCUUCUGUCUACACCUUCCAGGCUUCAGACAGGGACGGAAGUGGACCCAACAGCGAGCUCAGCUACUCCAUCGUACAGCAGUGGCCCAACGUCCCAGACCUCCUGCUGCUGGACUCCAGCUCUGGAGUGAUGACUCUGGGCCAGACGCUGGACCACGAGAGCAUCUCGUCUCUUCUGCUGGUGGUCCAUGCCACCGACUCAGCCCUGGAUGAAAGUCAGCGACGCCACGGGACUGUAACUGCUCGAAUCUUCGUUACAGACGUGAACGACAACUCACCAGAGUUCACCUCGCCCACUAUAGUCAGCGUUAUGGAAGAUCAACCAGUGGGCUUCGUUUUGUUGUACAUCAUGGCUCAGGAUCUGGACCAGGGUGAAAACGGACCCGUUUCAUACCGGAUACUGGACGGGAACUCUGAGGGGAAGUUCAGCCUCAACCCGAACACUGGGUCUUUGUCUAUCCUGAAGCCCAUUGAUCGAGAGGAGCUGGCCCAGUUUAACCUGACUGUUGUAGCGGAGGACAGUGGCGUCCCCCAACAGUCCAGCACUCAGAUACUGACCGUGCAGGUGAUUGACGUAAAUGAUGAAGUGCCGUAUUUUGAGGAAAGCAUGUAUGAGGCCUUCAUCACUGAGAACCAGCCUGCAGGAACCACUGUGCUGGUGGUGUCGGCUUCGGACCUGGACCAGGGGAGCAACAGCGUCGUGACAUACGGCGGCGUAACGCAGGAUGAUUUCAGCAUCCAUCCGCUGACGGGUGUUAUAGUCACCACCAGAGCCCUGGACAGGGAAGCCCAGGAGGAUUACACCCUGACAGUUUACGCCAAAGAUGGCGGUUUUCCUCCUAAUUUUGCCAAGACUACAGUGCGUAUCACAGUGCUGGAUGAGAAUGAUAACCGACCGGCGUUUGGGAGAGUUUAUUACAGCCUGGAGGUGCCUGAGAACCUGGAGCCUGUAACCCUGUUCACCCUGAGAGCUACUGACCUGGACUCCGGAGACAGUGGAGUGGUGCAGUACAGAAUCACUGAUGGUGACCCUUCAGGUGACUUCCACAUGGACCGCAAAUCAGGUGCACUGUCCACCUCCAGGGCUCUGGACAGGGAGCAGAAAUCCCGCUAUACCCUCACAGUGGAGGCUCAUGACCUGGGCACCCCGUCCCUCAGCAGCACCGUCACUCUGGACAUCAGUGUCCUGGAUCUAAACGACAACAGUCCUGUGUUCACCAGCAGCAGCUUCACAGUGGAGAUCGCUGAGGAUGCUCCUGAAGGCUCCUUCGUUCUGGAAGUCACGGCCACGGAUCAGGACGAGGGGUCUAACGGACAGGUGGUCUAUUUCCUGAGCCAUGAGUCGAAGGGCAUGUUCAUCGUGGACCAGCACACCGGUCGCAUCAUCACCGCGGCCGCGCUCGACCGGGAGAAGGUCGCCUCCUACAGCUUCCAGGUGUACGCCAUGGACUCCUCCGCUGGAGACCCUCACAACUCUUCAGCUCAGGUCACAGUCCACGUCCUCGACGUCAACGACAACGCCCCCUUCUUCAUCACAGACCCUCUUAUCGUCAACAUCUCCAGCGGCAGCGGUGCUGGACAUCGAGUUCUGGCCACCAUGAGAGCGGAGGACAAGGACUUCGGCGCCAACGGUUCAGUUUUCUAUCGUUUCGCGAACCCUGUUAAAGGCUUCACCAUAAACUCCCUGACUGGAGCCAUUCAGGCCACAGAGAAGCUGCACAGCCUGACCCAAAGCCAGCGCACACUGAUCGUGCAAGCCAUGGACCAGGGAAGCCCCGCCCAGUCCUCGCUAGGAGUGGUGGUGGUCUACAUACGGGAGCAGAGCUACAGGGGAAUUCGCUUCAGCCGCAACUCCAAAGACGUCAGCCUUCAAGAAAAUGCGGCCAAGGGCACAGCAGUGGUGCAGAUCCAGGCUCAGUAUCCUGACGGCUCCCGCAGUGGAAUCACCUACAGCAUCUUCAGUGGCAACAAGCUCCAGUCCUUCAGCAUCAGCUCCUCUACAGGUGAGAUCUGGGUGGAGAGCUCCAAAGGCCUGGACUUUGAGGAGACCCCUCGACUCCGCCUGGUGGUGAAGGCUGAAACGGGGUCCUCCAGUUCCUUCAUAGCGGUCAACCUGAUCCUGCAAGACGUCAACGACAACCUGCCGCGCUUCCAGCUCCACAAUUACGUUGCUUAUGUUCGUGAGGCCCAGGGCUACGAUUUCCCCAUCAUUCAGGUGCUGGCGGACGACCUGGACCAGGGUCAGAACGGCCAGGUGACCUACUCCAUCAGGUCGUCGUCCAUGAGCAGCCUUUUCAAGAUCGACCCUCACACGGGCAGCAUCUCCACCGCAGCCAUCAUGGACCGGGAAAUCUGGACGCAGACCAAGCUGGUCGUCAUGGCGACAGACAGGGGCAGCCCUCGAUUGGCCGGCUCCGCCACCCUCACCGUUAUCAUAGUGGAUCUGAACGACAACCGGCCCACCAUCCCGAUUCCCGGAGAAGUGCGCGUCCCUGAGAACAUGCUGAUUGGGACGGUAAUCACCCAGGUGACUGGGAACGAUGUGGACUCCGGUCCCGCUCUCUUUUAUUCGCUGCACCUGGACUCGGAGUCUCAGGGGAAAUUCGGGAUACACCGAUACGGAGGCGGGAUCUCGCUGACCGGACAGCUGGACUAUGAGGAGAGGACGUGGUACACCGUGACCAUCAGCACAUCCGACUCCAUGCACAAGAGUGAGGCCAAUCUGACCGUAGUGGUGGAGGACGUGAAUGAUAAUGCUCCUGUCUUCACUCAGGACCUUUACCAGGCAACCCUUGCUGAGCACACUCCGGCUGGUAGUUCUGUAAUCACUGUGACGGCUACUGAUAAAGACUCUGGAGAGAAUUGCAAGAUCACUUACAGAGUUGUGUCAACCGGUGGCAUGUUCUACAUUGACCCAAGCAAUGGGACACUAUUCAUCAAUCAAAAGGCAGAGUUUGAUUCCGACCAUCCUUCCUUCCUGGUGGUGAUUGAGGCUCGUGAUGGUGGAACUCCACCUCUGACUUCCCUCACAACCAUACAAGUACAUGUUACUGAUGUCAACGAUAAUGCACCCGAGUUCCACCAAACGGAAUACAGAGCUGCUGUUUCAGAGGAUGAACUCCCUGGAUCCACAGUCAUCACCCUAGAAGCCGUUGAUGGGGACUUAUCACGGGAUAACUGUGGAUUUGACUUUGCCAUUGCAAGUGGAAACAUCGGCAACGCUUUCCAGAUUGAAAGUAGUGUUCGCUUCAUCGAGGGCCGUGGAUUUCAGAUUGUUGGAACCCUAAUCUUGGCUGAGAAGCUUGAUUUUGAACUUGUGCCUAACUACAAUCUCACAAUUGUGGCUUCCGAUCGUGGAGUUCCCCAACAAAGCUCAAGUGUUCCUGUCCUAAUCACAGUAAUGGAUACUAACGACAACGCUCCAGCCUUCAGUAGAGCGGAGUACAACGUAGUCCUUAGCGAAGGUGCAGAGACUGGCAAGGAAAUCCUACGAUUGUCUGCUCUAGAUCCAGACUCCUCGCCUAAUGGAGAGGUGCAGUACUCCAUCAGUUCUGGAGAUGAGAGUGAACUCUUCUCUUUAGACCAGUGGACUGGCGCUCUUCGUCUUCGAAGAUCUUUGGAUAGCGAGUGGCAGUCCACUCACACCCUGAUCGUUCAAGCCUCGGACGGUCAGGGACGCUUCGCACUAGCUCCGGUUACCGUAGCGGUCAAAGACAUCAACGACAAUCGACCUUUUUUCCCUCUAAAAACGCUGACGGCAAGCAUUCACGAAAACCGGCCUCAGAACACCCUCGUCACCAUGCUGCACGCCAUCGAUCAGGAUGCAGGGGCGUUUGGGCAGCUGAGAUAUUACAUGGUGGAUAAAUCGGGAAAUGGCAAAGAGUCGUUCCUGGUCAACCAGACCUCUGGAGAGGUCACGACACGCUACAGUUUUGACUUUGAGAAGAUGAACAAAUUUAACUUCAUUGCCGUUGCAAUGGAUGCAGGCAAUUACUCUGCAACAGCUACCGUUCAGGUGUAUGUGACCGGAGAAGAUGAGUAUGACCCAGUUUUCACAAGCUCACAAUUUACCUUCAAUAUCCCCGAGGGCGCAAAGAAGGGGCAGAGCAUUGGCCAAGUUCUUGCCAAUGAUGAGGAUGGAGGUGUGGACGGAAUUGUCCUGUACACUCUCUCUGAAACUUCCCCAUACUUUGAAGUCAACGUCUCCACAGGGGUUGUGACCCUGAAGAUGGACGCUUAUAGUCGGCACGUGAGCCGUUCCAAGAGGGAAACUCGCCAGAUGACUCUAGAAGUAAAAGCACAUAGUCCUUUGGAAAGCUCCCGUGUCGCCACUGCCCAGGUUUCAAUUGAUGUCACCCACACUUCCUUUAGUUUAAAUUCAGACAUGAACAUGCUUUUAGCUAGCGUCAUCGCUGCUUCCUUAGUAGCUAUAGUAGUAUUGAUCGUAACUGCUCUGGUGCUCUUCCUUUUCCGAUCCCGAAGAAAGAAGUACCAAGAGGCUCAUGCUAGAAUGAUGAACUCUGGCACGGUCCUAGAAGCUCUUGAUGAACCCAAAGUUCAUGGAAGUGAAAAACUCUACCACCAAGCUCUCCCUGGGUACGCUCCAGACCAGAGUCGGGGUGAAGGAGGGCCCUACACAAGAGGCGGAUCAUUGGACCCUUCCCAUUCCAGUGGACGAGGCUCAGCUGAGGCCGAGGCGGCAGAAGAUGACGAGAUCCGUAUGAUCAACGAGUAUCCACGCGUCUCAAGUAUUUCAUCUUCCAUGCAAGAACACAUAGCGGCCCGUGGACCUGAUUCCGGGAUCCAGCAAGAUGCUGACCAACUCUCGGACAUCUCUGGAGAACCAGGAACCAUGGAUGCGCACCAGUGGUUCAAAGGAAAGAAGAUGGGAAGCUUAAGUGGGACACUGUUGGCAGGCCAGACUCCAGUGUACCGGGAUGAAGGUGGCGGAUAUCUCGGGGUAGGAAGAGGACUUAAUAUCUCACAGCCGAAAGACUAUACCUUCCCAGAGGAUGGAAAACCGAUGGUGGAUGGUUCUCUGACCGCAAUCGUGGCCAGCGAUGAGGAACUGAGGGGCAGCUACAACUGGGAUUACCUUCUUAACUGGUGCCCUCAGUUCCAGCCGUUGGCUAACGUCUUCACGGAAAUCGCUCGGUUAAAGGACGAGAACGCGCCCGUUAACUCUCGUCGGCCUUUUCAGCCUAAAGCAAAGGCAGAUCCCAAACCAAGAAUUGACCCCCCUCCUCUCAUAACGUCUGUAGCUCACCCCGGAGCUAAAACUGUCCUUCCAAAACCCGCUGUGGGACGAACACUUCCCCACCUGUCCUCCUUAAAACGAUCUCCCAUCAGCCAUGACGGCUCUGUCUCUUCAGUCGCCAUGUCUCCCAGUUUCUCCCCCUCGCUUUCCCCCCUCGCUGCCCGUUCCCCGGGCAUCUCUCCGUUCGGGGUCAGCCAAGGCCCAUCUGCCUCCAUCAUCAGCUCGUCUGAACACUCUGUAGAGCAUGGCGAGGAGACGGAGCUCAGAAUUUAAGUCCUUAAAUGAUAAACGAACAUCUUGUACUGUUUCUAAAGCAUCCAACCUGACUCAGGACCUCAUACAUGUCCUGCAUGACUGUCUGACUGUCAUGCGAAAGGUCAUGUUGCCUCACUGGCUGGCCAGAGAGCCAAGGAUGCUGUGGUUCAAUCACCAUAUAAAAAAAGACAUGGAAAGCUCUCUCUCGAUCUAUUUCUCCACAAAUAUGACUUUAAGGCAAGAGCAAGAGUCUUGUUCUGUCGCCUGCAUUUGCACAUUCAAUACGAGAGCUAAAGUUUGAUGUCAAUGUUUUUUAGAAAAGGAGAACACUUUUGUAUUAUAUAUUUUUGUACUGGUAUUUGUUGUGUUAUUGUUUUUUUCUUCGACUAGGAAAUGGCAUUACUCAUGUCAUAAGGUUGUUAUAACCCCUGAUUAAACUGUUAUACAUUUUUUUUUAUUUGUAUAUAAGCAACUGUAAUAGUACGUUUGUAACAAGAGGUGUUCUAAUGGUUCUAAUGGUGUUCAAAAUGAAGCUCUUACUUCUCAUCAAUCUUAUAAAUAACUUUUAUCGUCUAUCAGUAUUUAUAAGAAAAAAACUCUUUUUUACAGUCAGUUAGUCAGAUGUAAUAGACUAUGAAGUAUUUUAUCACAGAAAAAUAAUAAGAGAAACUUAACAGUGCUCUAAUGUAUCUUUGUACAUGCUGCUCUCCUCCUCUCGAACUGUGGGCACACAUACAGUAUCUAACCAGGCUAGAGACAGGAUAACCAACAAAACACAAAAACACAAAACGUAGCUCCUAAAUAUGAUCAUACUCAUUAAUGCUUCACAGCUUUACAGCCUCAAGGACAUGUGUCCUAAUUCUUGCUGUCCGGAGAUUCACAUCGAGUAUUUGAGCUAAAUUAAAGAGAACAUUCUUUUUGCUUAUUAUACAGAGCUGCCUGGGGCAGAGCAAGAAAAAAAAAAAAGUAAAUAUCGUAUAUUUCGCACUAUAAUUUUCCCCAAAAAUCAUUAAUUGAAUGAAUUUUACCAGUCAGAUAUUAAGUAGCAGUACUGUAGGAGUAGCAGUACAGCGUCAAACAAGAGUUUUAGUUUAAUGCUGCUGCACCUAGCCUUAGUGGAAAUAUGGAAAUCUAAGCUUACUGUAAAUAAAUGGAAACGCUUUACUCACCCAAACAAGGAGAUAAGGUUUUCAGGAGAGAAAUCUGUGUAGAUUAACAUUCAGCACUCGUUUGACUAUAAAAGAAAAGUGUUUUUUUUUUUUUUUUUUUUAAGAAUUUAAGUAACAGUUUUGUUCACGUAGCUUGGCUUUACAUAACUUAUUCACCACCCAGCGGAGAGACCUGCUGAAUUAUCAGGAAAACAUGGCAAAACCCAUGUUCCUUACUAGUGUGGCAUUAUCUGCCUUAAAAUACGACGCACCUUAUGUAUGAAAAUAGACAUUUAUUGAUAGUGCGCCUUACAGUGCAAAAAAUACAGUACAGUAAGUAUGUAUUGUUAAAGUUUACCAUGGAACAGAGAUGGCAUGUGUUCAUAGCUGCAGUAAAAGUCUGAGCAAUACCAAAUUAAACAAAAACAUUAGCCAAACUCUUACGGUUCUAUUUGAAACUGUGGAGGAACCAAUUAAAAGGUGCUUUUAAUAAUAUUUUUAUAGGAAAUCUUUUCAUUAAAAGUUCCUCAAAGCAUCUUAAAGUCUUGCUGAACAGGUAAAAACUUCAAAACCACUAAAAGUUACUCAAGGAACUUAUAUUUUAAACACAGUUAAUACUGUUUAUCUCAAACUUGUGGAGUACAUCAGAACAGUUUGAUCAAAUCGAGAUUGGAUCCAGUUCGCCACACAAACAAACUGCUACAAAAAAGUGCAUUCACACCAGCCUAAAAAAACUAAAUCAGAUCAAGUGUGAAAACAAACCAAAGACUGAUUUAACCAGAACAAAAACUCCAGGUGUAAAAACAACCUUAGUUGUUUGCUCUUAAAGCCCCAAUAAUUGCCAUUCUACGUCAAAGGAUUUAGAACAUCCCUGUUUUAUCUACCCUUCCAAUCUAGUCAAUAACCAGAAAUGUCCAAAAUCAAAUGGUACAAAAUAUUUGUAGUAAAAAAUGUAAAGGGGUUGAUUUUUUUAGCAAACAAUAUUAACUAGAAAUGAAAAAUUGUAUGACUGCUCUAGCCAAGCCUUCCAUCAUCAUGUUUUACUCUACUUUUCAGUGUUUACUUACUGUAGCAUUCAAAUACUAAAUAUAAAAUAAAGACAAGUGCUGCUCGGUAUGAAGUACGGAGGCAGCAUACAGUUUAGAAAACCUGCCUUUCUAGUAAAAUGAAUGUACUGAAUAUGCUUUUCACUUCUCUUAAUUCAUUGUUUGUGAGUGAUGUGUGUUGCCCAUUACUUCUGCCUUUUUAAUGAAGAAUAUGACCAUGAACAGUACGGAUAAAAUGUUACCAUGUUCGCAGUAUUAACUCUAAAAACACACAGAUGGUUGUUGUGCCUUUUGUUCAGAUGCUUGUAAGCUGUGGGUGGAUUCCAGUAAUUCCUGUAAUUCCAGUAGAAUUUUUAUUUUAUUUAACUUUUUGUUCUCAUCAUUGUACUUUUUUUUUUCUUUACAUGAUGUUUUAAAAAAAAUUGAAGGUCCAUAUGUAUAUACAGUAUUUAUGUAUACACAGUGAUUUCCUGUUGGAGUAUAGAAUGAAGACUAUACUCUUCAUAAUUCUUUUUAAAGCUACGUUCACAUUACAAACCACAUUGCUCAAAUCCAAUUUUUUGCUUAGAUCAGAUUUGUCCAUCUUUUCGGUUCACAUUCACUGUAAAUAUAAGUGAUCUGUAUCUGUGCGUAAUGUGAGCGAAUCUGUUCCUGAAACACCUCACAAAAUAAAUAAAAAUCAGAUUUGGCAUGUUCAAAACAGCCAUGAAAAAAAUCUGAUCUGAGCUGAAUUGAGCAAAAAAUCAGAUUUAAACCACUUCAGCCUUGUAAUGUGAACGUAGCCUAAUAUUUUCUAAAGUUAAACACUUUACAACAAAGGGACACAAAUAAUAUAAAUGACAGUAAUAAAACAUUUUUGAAUGGUUAUAUGAUGUCUCAACUAAUUAUUAACAGACACUAGUUAGGAUAUAGUUAAACUAUAUUCUAAUAUAAUAUAUAAACUCAAUUUUAAUGCUUAAGAAUACUAAUAAACUAAUAAUGAAUUGGGACAUUGUUAAAUAUAACGUAAAUGUAAAGUCUAAACUAGUUUCAGUUAAUAAGUAGUUGAGAUAUUCUGUAAGUAAUGCACUCUUAUUGUAAAGUGUUACUUAAAAUAUUUUUCCUAAUGUUUAAAGAAUGCACCAAAAUAUUUUUUUUUGGGGCCAAAACCAAGCAAACAAAAACAAAUAUGGUCAAAGACUAAAUACAGAACACAGAACACAUUUUGCCACUUUUGUUCACUAUUGCAUUAAUUAAAAUAGUUUAAAAAUCUAAAUAUUUCCUAAUUUUUUUUUUUUUUUUAAGAAAAAGCAAUUCCAAAACUAUUUUUUUUUUGAACACAGAACUUUAACAUCCCAGAAAAGCAAAAUAUGACUUAAUAUAAAUUUACCAACACAUUUUCUGAAGUAACAAAGCGCACCUCACUUCACUGCAUGUUAUAAAAACAAUUUAUGCCAAAUAAUUAUUGUUUUUCUCACCGAACAUGCUUUUUUCUGUCAAAUAAUUUUGAUUGAUGCAUUUUGGGGCAUUCCUGUUUAUUUUUUUUAUUUUCCUGUUUAAUUUUGUCCUAUUUGUUAUGUCCGUUAUGUCUGAAAUCUGUUUUAAGCUCCAUAAAUUCCAUAAUUCUGUCCAUAUUCUUUGCAUUAAAGGAAUCAUAGGACUUUGGAUAUGCCAUUGCUUUCCAGUGCAUUGUUCAGUCUGUAUGUAUAAAUAUUGAUUUUUUUUUGUUGGAGCACUGAAUGAAUUCUUUGGGGGAUGUAAAAAAAAAAAAAAAAAAAAAAAAAAAAAAAAGUUUGUUGGGCCUUAUGAAAGCUGUUUUAUUUCCCCAAUUGAGUUAAUUUUUCUUCAUUUAGGCUUUUUUACACAUGUAGUUAAUUUGUUCUGGUAUAAAACAGUUAAAGAGCUUGUAAACUUGGAGCGUUUUCUCCUUGGUUUGGUUUGUUUUCACACAGGUAAAAAAUUUAAGUGCAUCAAAAUGUGUCUAAACAAACCACAUGAGUUGAAUGGGGCAGAGCUAGAAAGUAAAUACAAUAAGAAGGUCCUAUAUUCUGGACUAGUGUAUAUUUCUUAAAGAUAACAUUUCAAAAGACAUUUAGGGCCCUAUAAAAUCAGUUUUAUUUCCCUAAUUAAGUUUUUUUCCCUCAUUUUCAUGUUGUUUUGAACACCGCCAACUAAAAUCAAUUUUAAGCUUCAAAUCAAUCCAUUUAUUCAACAUCGUAGGACCUUAAAAAUGCCAUUUCCACGACAUUUGUUUUGUCAAAUCACAGGGCUCUAAUAUAUACAGCUCUGGAACAAUGAGAGACCACUUCAGUUUUAUUCUAUAAACUACAGACAACAUUUCUUCCAAAUUCCAAAUAAAAAUAUUCUCAUUUAGAGCAUUUAUUUACAGAAAAUGAGAAAUGGCUGAAUUAACAUAAUGCAAGUAUACGCAAAUAAUGCAAAGAAAACAAGUUCAUAUUCAUAAAGUUUUAAGAGUUCAGAAAUAAUCAAUAUUUGGUGGAAUAACCCUGGUUGGUUUUUAAUCACAGUUUUUAUGCAUCUUGGCAUCAUGUUCUCCUCCACCAGUCUUACACACUGCUUUUGGAUAACUUUAUGCUGCUUUACUCCUGGUGCAAAAAUUCAAGCAGUUCAGCUUGUAAAAUUGGUAAAAUCAAAGAAACUCAUAAUUUUUAAGUAGUAUUUUUUUUUCCAGAGCUGUAUAUGUAUAUGUUUAAUGCAUUGUUCAGUCCUAUUUGUGCCUACUAGCUGUUAGCCUAGCUGCUCAUUACAGUAAGUAAACUUGAUUCUGUCUAUAGAAAGCCUUUCUUAAAUAAGAAUGUUUCAGCUUAAUGUUGGUCAGUAGAAAAUGAGAAAUUGAAGCCUCUUUUCUUUAUUAAUGCAGUGUAAUGAAUGAUGUUUGUGUGAGUCGGUGUGUAAAUUAUCGCUCUGCCUUCCUGCCAGUGCUGCGUUUAUUUACAGUCAGUGGCCGAUCGCUCCAUGUGUGCCGUUGCUUAAGCAAAGCAAUGUCUGAAUCCAAUUAACUGUGAAAUUCAGGAUGUGCCAUUUCUCUAUGCUGUUUCUAGGAAAAUAAAUGUACACUUGUUUACAUUGA